CGGUCGAACUGCGGUCACACUGCUUGCAUCAUCUCCCAGCGCGUCUGUAAAGUUGAUAAAAUAAUUUUACUUUUGAAUUGCCUUGAGAAUUCCGUCACUCCAUAUAUAUAAAUUAUCUAAAAGCCUGAUUUAGUCCGGAACCCAAACAAUCUCCAAUUGGUUGCGAAUCGGCAGUAAGAAUCGCUAAUUCGGCACGCUAAUUGGCUAAGCAAAACCGAUUCCAGGGUAGGAGACGAAUAAUCUGAAGAAGGGUGAAGAACAAAAGGAGGAGGAAAACAACAGUUAAUCGUCAAAUUUUACAGGCAAAAGGUAGUGCACAAUGAGCUCCACGGAGGAAAACAGCAACAGCCCGGCCACCACGCCCCAGGAUAACGAGGCUGCAGAGCAGGCAAACCUCACGGAUCUCGAGAAGAUUGAGGAGGAGAAGCUGAAGUCCAAGUACCCUAGUGGAAUGCGAGUGCCCGGCGGACACUCGGCCUUCCUCCAGAAAAGGCUGCAGAAGGGGCAAAAGUUCUUCGAUUCGGGCGACUAUCAGAUGGCCAAGCAGAAGGGUGGCGGCGUCAAGCAGGUCUUUGCCAACAAGGUGACCACCGGGGAGGCUAUUCCCACGCCCGAAACCGUGCCGGCGCGCAAGACCUCGAUCAUCCAACCAUGCAACAAGUUCCCAGCGACGAGCUAAUUUACUCACCUCUCACCUUUACUGUAUCCACAACCUCAACUGCAGCCAGUUUCCCGUUCCCCACUUCAAAUGCUCUACACCUUAUUUUUAAAGAAAAAUCUAAUGCUAAGAAUGAAGGCUGCUGCUGUAUCGUGCAGGCAUUUCGCGGAAGUUUAAACUGAAUUUGUAGCUCCCCGUUCCUUUUCCUCGUAAACUUUAAGCGCCAAUCGCAUUGGCCAAUCUCAAGAUCCCGUCAUCAGUCCAUCUCUCAGGCCGGGGAAGCAAAGAUGGCGAGUCGAGCAGCGCGAAAUUUAUUGCAACAGUUAUAUAUAUCUCUAUCUCUGUAACAUUAACAUAACUUACCCUGAUCGUACGUAGCUGUAAGUAUUACGAGCAUAAUAAAUUUAAGUUGGAGCCAGCCA